AAAGACUCGGCGUAUCGGUGUGACUGUGAUCGCCGUGGAGAUCCGAGAAGCAGCGAUAGGCUGGCGAGCUCAGAGCGAGCAGCGCGUAUUAUUGGAGAGUCCUCUAGUUUCUACACCUCAGUGACAAGUUGGAGAAGACUUCAAGAUCUGAACCGCAACACUUCCAGGGCACCAGGAAGAACCAACUUCUAAGAGGCGUCCUCCACUCCCGAGACCACACUAGUCCACGCAGCGGGGGGUACAGCAGGCUAUGGACCGGAGGAUGAACUUGAACGGCACAGCAGACAUUUUCCACAAAACUCUGAGCGCCGUGUCCAACAAGAAGAUGGACCCUUUCCGGUCGUCCGUGGGUCUCGAACUUCAAGCUCGAGACCGCCAGUCACCGAUCGGCUGUUUUGACGGGACCGACUCGGACCCGAUCCAGCCGGGGGGUCUGGCGGGGGGCAGAGGGGGCCCGCUGGGUCUGCCGACGGGAUCUUUGUGUGUGAAAUACGGGGAGAGCGGCAACAGGACGUCGGCCGCGGAGAGCAGUGGCGGGGAGCAGAGCCCCGACGACGACAGCGACGACAGGUGCGACAUGGUUCUGCUCACUGACCCGCGGAUCGGCGGGGGGAAACCCGAAGGAGGUAAGAAAAACAAAGAGCAGAAAACGCUGAGGCUAAACAUCAACGCGCGCGAGAGACGUCGGAUGCACGACUUGAACGACGCGCUGGACGAGCUGCGGGGGGUUAUCCCGUACGCGCACAGCCCGUCCGUGCGGAAACUCUCCAAAAUAGCCACGCUGCUGCUCGCCAAAAACUACAUCCUCAUGCAGGCGCAGGCGCUGGAGGAGAUGCGGCGGCUGGUGGCCUACCUGAAUCAGGGCCAGGCCAUCUCGGCCGCCUCCAUACCGGCCACCACGGCCCUCGCGGCCCCCCCCGGGUUAGGGGCAUACGAGCCGCCGCCCGGGUACCCUUUCCCCACCGUCGUGCCGCCGACAUCCUGCCCUGAGAAAUGUGCGCUCUUCAACAACGUCACCUCCAGCCUCUGUAAACAGUGCACGGACAAGCCCUGAGCGAGCUGAAUAACCGCGCGGCCAGAGACUCCAAGCACAGUCGAGAACAGAGACGCGCAAAGCCCGUCGGACGGGGGACAUCUGGAGAUGGGACGGGGGACAUCUGGGGGCACCGUGCUGGUUGUUGGUCACCAUAGGCUAGAGAAAAAAAAUUAAUGAAUUAUUUUAUAAUAUUUACAAAUGCAUUCAGAAGCGCUUUUUUGUUCAGACAAAACUUGAUUGUGUAUAUAAUACAUCCUUAAAGUGCUGGUGUGAGUGACAGAGAAACCAAACAGUAUAUGAGGACAGUGGCAUCAGGACAGAGGGAGUUGUUGAUCAUUCGCUCGGCUGUCAAUCUUCUGGAUAUCUGAGUGACCUGACUAUACUUUGAUCCUUUCCUUUGGUUCUGUUUUUCACUGACCACUUUAGGCUAUAUGGACAAGCUCAUGGAUUAUGAACCGACCUCACCUUCGCUGCUUCGUUUGAUUCACUUCAGAGACGUGCUGUGUGCUUAUACUGGUAUAGGCCUGUUUCAUGACCCUUUGAUUUUAUAUGAAGAACCCAAGAGGAAUGUCAUGGACAAAACUAAUAAACUGUAGAGGAAGACUUAAUUGGGUGGUUUAAAUGAAUCGGACACCACAAAAGCACCAGUGUUGAUAUUUGCGCAGGGCCCAUUUUAAAGUCUGUCGACACUGUGAUACAAUAGGCCCAAAACACAACGACAUACACACACUCAUCAGGCCUUCUAUAUCUCUGCUGUUUGAACUCAUCAAGGUGGUUGUUUUGGUCAGCAUGGCACUUUCUUUACAUUUUGCUGUACAGGCCUGUAUUAUCAUUAUUAUUAUUAUUAUUAUUAUUAUUAUUUGUAAAUUUCCAUUGAGCACUCGCGAUUAAGAUGGAUGGCGUCAGGUCGGGCAUCAUAUUGUAGAUAGGCCUGCUCUAACGAGGCUCUAUGUGGUCGAGGAGGGCCAUUUGUAUGUGUUUCAGUGUUUAAAGCUUUAUUAAAAUAUUUUGAACAACAGAA